UUUUUUCUUUUUGGUGGGGGGGGAAAAAAAAAAAAACCCCAAAACGCUGCCUUAAUGUCGUUGCAAACAAAACUUCUGUUGGUGUUAUUAACGUGGUUCUGCAGUGAAGUGGCUCCAAGGCGGUUAAGCAGAAACUUUCGAUAUAAUAGAACUGCAAGUAAUAAAUUACAGCAUUUGGUAGACCAUUAUAUGCACGAUUCCCAUUCUACUUCUAAUGUUGAUCUUGAGUCUCCGAGUGAUACAACUCUGUGGGGAGAGCAGUACACUGGUGGGCCUGUGAAGUGGGUGAAAGAGAGUGCAAAACCUAAAAGUCUAACCAUUCACAAGGAUGGUGAACUGGAACGAAUGGAUUUGGAUCUCGCCCUUUCCUGCAGUGAUACACAAACAAGGCUAUCUCUGUCUAAUGGACCACAGAGGCCAGGCUUUCUAUCAAUGGAUAUGCUGAAGUCCUGUGGUUAUCCUGUAUCUAACGAAGAGAAGAAUAUGACUGUACUUGUUAAAGACUGUGAUGUGAUGCUUCUGAAUGGGCAAUGCUCUACAAGGAUUAAAUAUGAGACUGUUGAUGGACAGCUUGCUGAUGUCACUUUACCCUGUACUGGACGACAUCCUCGCUCGCCUGACCUGGUCAACUUUGAUGGUCUACAAUCUGAUAGUCCCAACACCGGUCGUAAGUGUGACAUUCCUAGAGAUCACUAUGGUCCACGAUGCAAUUUUGACAAAAGGCAAAGAAUACCAUGUGGCGUCUUUUCUUCAGUCAAUUGCUUGGCUAAAGGCUGCUGUUAUGAUGAUCUGGAUCAUUCUUGCACAUACCCCAUGAAUGAGUGCACUGCAGAGAAACGCUUUGUCUUUGUGAUUUACCGCAAUCACAGUGCACUUGCCCUGGACCUCACAAAGCUUAAGACCUCUGGGGCUUCUGACUGUGCACCAAAAAUCCUCACAACAGAAUUUGCAGUGUUUUCCUUCGCCUCCACUGAUUGUGGAGUUCGCUCUUAUGUUGUAGGAGAGUCUGUAAUCCUCUCCGUUGAAGUAGUGACUUCAGUGUCAUCUCUUCCUGCAAUUAAUGGUAGCAUCUCAAGAGACAUACAAUACAGGCUGAUGGUGGAAUGUCGCUAUGGCAGCCAAGGUCAGCCAUCUGACUUGUCCCAUGUUGCCAGUGCUGGCUUCAUGGUGAAGAGUCCCCAUGUACAUCCACUGGUCCGUUCUGAAGGGUUUUUCAAUGUGCAGCUUAAAAUUGCGAAAGAUGCUGGUUUCAAAAAAUACUUUCCUAAAUCUCAUCAACCACUCCGCUAUUUACUGGGCAAGCCUGUGUACCUGCAAGUGAGCUUAAGGGCUCGCAACCCCACGGUGACCUUGCUGGUCCAUUACUGCAUAGCCUACCCCAAGUCUGCUACAAAGGCAUUGGUUCUGUUGCAUAAUGGAUGUCCCAACCCCCUAGACCACAAUGGUGUCGUCAUUAUCCGCCUGCCAGGAAAUAAAUAUAUGCGUCGCUUUGUGAUCAAAGCAUUUCAAUUUAUGGAUGCACCAAAUGAAUACCUUGAUGAACAGAUCUACUUCCUGUGCUCCACGGAGUUGUGUUUCCACAAGAAUCGAAUGGUUUGCAAAGAAGGCUGUUUUCUAGUUGGUCAUUGAAGGCAGAAUGGAUGCACAAAUGGCAGUCACCUGGAUACCAGUUGCAGUAUGAAUGCUAAUAAAUUAUUAAACCUC